GAUCCUAGAAGAACUCUUAAACCCUAGCUUUUUCUCGAGGGCGGGAAAUUUCUAGGGUUUUCUCGAUGGCGGAGUUUUUGGCGCUUCGAUGCUACGCGUGCAAAAUGUUCCAGGUGAAGCCACGGAAGAAAUCCAGCAGCAAAUGGUGUUGUAGCGUUUGCAAUGAGAAGCAAUCGGUCACCAAGGUCUAUGGAAGCUCUGGCGCUGCAAAGAAAAUUCGAGAGCUGGUCCAAACGCUGAAUUACUCCACUCUAGCGCAGCAGCAAGAUCACUUUGAACCGAACGACGUUGGAGAUCUCACCACACAAGAGAAUGGACAAAGCGAAGUUGGAGAAAAGAAUGUCCAUGGUUACGAAACUAAGCCAAGCAAAUGGGCCGAGUACUUGGAGACCGAGGACUCACAGGUUGAAUCUCGUGCUGGUGACGAGGAUCCGAAGUACGUGACUUUUAUCCCAGAGAGUGCCAUGAAACGGAAAAGAACGGAGAGGUUGCACGACGAAGUAGCGUGUUACGAAUGUGAUGGGCUUGAUGGUCCGCUCAAAGCACAUUCAGCUUCAAGCGAGAAGAACACCAAAAAGACGACCUUUGCGACUGGUAGUAAGCUGCACGGAGCUGAAUACCUGGGAAAGGAAAAUGUUCCUGUGAAGAACGACCGGAACUCGGGAACAUGGAGCAACUGCGGCACGAAGUCUGAAACAGGGCGCUGUUUGGAUGAGUGGAGAAACCAAAAUACUGGUGGACUCCAGUCUUCUAGCACAACAAGGACAGUCUCGAGCAAAUGGAGGAAGUAUCUAGAGACCGAUGAAACAAAGAGCCAGUACGUGGAGCCUGAUACGGACAGAGCUCAGUCUUGUAGCCGAAAGUGGUUCCAUCCGCAGCAGCCAAGCGUGCCUGAAGAUGCCUUGCACACAGAGCUCGCGGACGAACUUGUGACAGAGGACAUUCAUCCCUCGUUUCUUUAGUCAGGUGCGACAAGGUGAAGAGUCCAAGCCAAGAAAGAGUUCUCCAACUCGACUAUUCCAACCUCAACAAACACAACCUACAUUACAAUCAAAUCAGAUCAUGUAUUGAUCUUUAAAACGAGGACGCCUGCUGGUUCUGAGAGUGGCACAUAAUUUCCAGACACUGCAAUGUCUUGCUUUAAACUCCUGAUCACACUUCUCCUAGCAGCGACAUUAACAAUGGCAAUAUCUCAUGACGAUCCAAAGUGCUGCAACAAGCCCAGAAAGCUGACCCUCAAUUUCUACUUCCACAUCAUACAAGAGCAGACCAAUUCCUCUCUCAUCAUCUCCAUCAAACCUGCUGCUCCCAACUCCACAACUCUAGAGUUCAACUACAAAAUGACAGAGGGCCCCGAAUACAACUCAAAACAGAUUGGAAGCUUCAUAGGAUUCCAGUCUGUAUGGCGCCAAACACCAGACCUCCUCUUCAUUACAGGCACAUUUUAUUUCACUAAUGGAUCACACUUUGAGAUCCAGGGACCUGUAAACUUGCAGCUCCCCACUCGAAGACUCCCUGUUACUGGUGGAGUCGGUUUUGGUGGGUUACCAGAUGAUAACAAUCCUGCAAUUAUCAAUGGCAUUGAAAUUGCAACCCCAGUGCAAACUUAUGGUCUCAACAUUGUUGAGAAGGUGGUUACCAAGCUCUAUAUUUUCACCCCACCAGUUUAAAUACCACUAGUUCAGCGCUCUUUGAAUCUCUAACUUAAUAAAAGAGGGAAAUUUUCUUGGUACAUUAUUGCGAACGAAAUUUUUUCAAAAGGAAUCAUAUUUCACCAGUAAAAAUACUAUUCGGACUUUAGAAGUGUGAAACAAAUACGACCCUUGGAAAACUCCUUGCAGUAGAAUGCCUUCACGCUCAUCCAAUGCCGCUAACAUAAAUGGUGAGUGACUUUCUACGUCAUAGAAAGCAAAC